GAAGGUUACUUCUCACUACUCAACAAGUUCAGUUGGUCUCUAAGGAACUUUUGGAUAUAUUGCUUCCGGUGAAAACUUCUAUUUAUUAUGUGUACAGAAUGGGAAUUGAAGUUUCAACUUGUGGGGAUGUGCAUAGCUAUUGGAUACUUUUACUGGAAAUGUUUACUGGAAAGAGACCAACUGAUGAUAUGUUUAUAGGAGGUCUUACUCUUCCUAGGUUUGUGGAGAUGACAUUUCCUGAACGAAUCACAGACGUCAAUAUUGAUGCUCAUUUGCUUGCACCAUGCGAUGAUGCUGAAAGUAUGAACUAUGCAAGAGCAAUCGAGUGCGUAGCUUCAAUGCUUAGAAUUGGUAUCUCAUGCUCCUAUGAAUUACCAGCAGAGAGAAUCGAGAUGGGCAACAUCAUGAGGGAACUUUGUACUGUCAGAGAUAUGUUCAUGGAGAAUGGAAAUCAGGGGAAGACAUACAGAACCCUGCAGAGUGGUGAAGGCCCAUCUGCAAAGAUUUAG